CAGUGACCAUCUUUAAAGGCAGUUUCCUGGGACCUAGAGAGAAAGAAAGGAACCCAAAGAAGGGAAAUAAAGGGCUAUGAUUUCCUUGUCCUGUUGCUUUGUCUCUGGCUCCCUCUGCCUCUGGAAGAGUAGCCACAGGACACGAAGAUGCCCAGCUGGUCACUGCACGCCCAAGUUCAGUUUAGCUGGUGCUUCUCUCCCGUUUAGCCCGACUGCCUUCGCUGAAGGGGAGGACUCACAGCCCGGCAGCCUUUCAGUUUAACCCGAAGAGCGUGUGCCGCCUCUCUCUGCCCAUCCCAAGAGCUCGCUGGAGCUGGAGGAGAGGGGAGAAAGCGGAGGACUUGGAAGUGCCCGAGGAGCUCCCGAUGCUAAGAGGAGACAAACAUUCCCGUGGACGACGCAGAAAGGACAAAGCUGACUGAUUUAUUGCCGUUUUCCGUAUUUUUUUUUUUCUUCCCUAUCCUUUGGCGCACACCAGUGCGUGGAGAUCUUUGAAAACACUAAACCAAACACCAACCCCGAAGCCCCAACCCCUUGGCUAGCUCUUAUGGGAAUGAAACACUCCUCCCGCUGCCUGCUCCUGAGGAGGAAAAUGGCGGAGAACGCUGCCGACAGCACCGAGGUUUGCCCCAUCCCAUCCCAGCCUCCUCAGCCUACUGUUGUUCCAAAGCCAGUUCAAUCUGUCAUACAUGUCCCAUUGCAACCAAGCUGCCCGGGCCGAGGCAAGAUGGCAAAGCUCAUCAAUCCAGAAGAGAUGACAUCCAGGGAUUAUUACUUUGAUUCCUAUGCUCACUUUGGAAUUCAUGAGGAAAUGUUAAAGGAUGAAGUGCGCACAUUAACCUAUAGAAACUCAAUGUAUCACAAUAAACAUGUUUUUAAAGAUAAGAUUGUCCUUGAUGUUGGAAGUGGCACAGGAAUCCUCUCUAUGUUUGCUGCAAAGGCAGGAGCCAAGAAAGUAUAUGGGAUUGAAUGCUCAAGUAUAUCUGACUACUCAGAAAAAAUUAUCAAGGCCAACCACUUGGACAACAUAAUCACAAUAUUUAAAGGUAAAGUGGAAGAAGUUGAAUUACCUGUGGAUAAAGUAGACAUCAUCAUCAGCGAGUGGAUGGGUUACUGUCUGUUCUAUGAGUCAAUGUUAAACACAGUCAUCUUCGCACGAGACAAGUGGCUGAAACCUGGAGGGCUAAUGUUUCCAGACCGAGCUGCUUUGUACGUGGUAGCAAUUGAAGACAGACAGUACAAGGACUUCAAAAUUCACUGGUGGGAGAAUGUGUACGGCUUUGACAUGACCUGUAUUAGGGAUGUUGCCAUGAAGGAGCCUUUGGUGGACAUAGUAGAUCCAAAGCAAGUGGUGACCAAUGCCUGUUUAAUAAAGGAGGUAGAUAUUUAUACAGUGAAGACUGAAGAAUUGGCAUUUACUUCUGCAUUCUGCCUCCAAAUUCAGCGCAAUGAUUACAUUCAUGCCUUGGUCACCUAUUUUAAUAUUGAAUUUACAAAGUGCCACAAGAAGAUGGGAUUUUCUACAGCACCUGAUGCUCCCUAUACUCACUGGAAGCAAACUGUCUUCUACUUAGAGGACUAUUUAACUGUGAGGCGAGGAGAAGAAAUCUAUGGGACUAUAUCCAUGAAACCAAACGCAAAAAAUGUGCGUGACCUGGAUUUCACAGUAGACUUGGAUUUUAAAGGACAGCUAUGCGAAAUGUCAGUAUCUAAUGACUACAAAAUGCGCUAGCAAGAAACCUUUCAGAGAGAUGAAAAGGAGAAUUUUUCUCAAGUCCUGAACUGCUGAACUUCAAGCUAGGAACAACUGUUCACAAGAUUAUUAUAUUAAAUACUAGAAUGUUUACUCUGAUGGAAAGUGGUAACCUGAUCCUUCUUGCAGACAGUACAGGGGGCUGGGAUCCCACUGUGAAUGUACAGUAUACAGAACUGUAGCUUUUGUCAAACAUAUAGGAAAAAUAAGCAACAGUCGUGAGUGUUCUGGUUAACUUUAGGAUGGCAGAAGAUGCAUAUACAAAUUGUACUACUUACUGUGAAUUUCUGGUUCUUCCAAGCUUUGCAUGUUAAAGAUGAUUAGGGCAGUUUUCUCACUAUGAAAGACCGCUACAGCACAUUACUGUGAUAGUAUUACUGGACUUAUAUUCAAUAUAAAUGAAUAUAUAUAUUGUACAUAAGAAAAAAAUGUCAUU